AAAAACCUAGAGAGUCUUUUCACUCGCGUUCUCCAUUUUUUGUUCCUCUCACUUGGCUUUAGCUUUGGAGCCCCAGGAGUUCACCUCAUCUACAUCUUUGCGUUGUAGUCUCCUUCUCAAAUGUUCUUCAACUUUCGGUGAAAGCAAAUAUGUCGUUCAUGAAAGGAGAUUUACUUACGAAAACCCGAAAGCUGGUCAAGGGGUUGGCCAAGGCCGAGCCUGUUUGGUACAAGGCCAUGGAACAAGCACCACCUCCAACAUUUCCUCGUGCGGAUGCAAUUCAGAGGAUCACUCUCCCAGAGGAUGUUUACGUAAAAAAGUUUUUCCAGAAGCAUCCAGAUUCCAUAUGUGAAAAUGCAAUCAAGUUUUCUGAUUUUGAUCAUCCUCCGGCCCGUAUAUUUGGUCUGCGGGUACUUGAGUUGAAGGAGCUGGGCGUUUCAGAAGAGCAAGCAAUGGUGGUAGCUGAUACGGAAUACCGAGCACAGAGAAAGGCAAAGAAGAAGGCAUAUGCCGAGUUGAAGCAAAUUGCACGUCAACAAGGAAAGAAGCUGCCUCCCAACCCAUAUCCCAGUGCUAUAAAGGAGAUACAAGCUCUGGAGAGGAAGCAUGUCUAUGAUCGUUUUUACAAUCCGAGGAUUUGCCAGAUUUUAAGGAAACUGCAAGAUGAAAAAGCAAUUGAGGAUCAGGACAGAAUGAGAACAGGUUGGGCUGGUGGCGGGGGCGGGGGUGGUAGUGGUGGGGGU